UCGUGAUGUGUAUGCUCCCAAUCUCAGUGGUUAUCAACUGGUGACUGGUGAGAGAUAACGUGGACUGUGACAAAAGCGGUUGGCCAUGAUCGAUCUGCAUGGAGGCAUGCAUGCGACACGUGGACCCCUCCUUCCACGUGUACCUCGUCAUCCUCGAGCAGCUCGACAUGGCUACUGCAUGCGCCCUCGAACCUUCGCCUAGUUCGCUCCAUUCCCUACGUACGGUGCUAGGCUCCUGGUGUACACCUGUUAACCUGUAGCUCAUCCCCGAUGGAUCCAGGACCCCACCACCCGUCCACGUACAACCACCACCACCACCACUACCCCUUCUUGCCGGCCGCCGGACCGCCCACCGCUGGCGGCGACACCCUUCUCUUCCUCCUCGCCAUCCCGGCAGGCUGGCUCGUCCGGCUGGUUGCCUUCCUCGGAGAGCGCGUCAUCUCCGCGGUCCUCGCCCUCGUGGUCCUCCCCGGCGCGACGCUGGUGGGCGAGCUGCGCACCGUCCCUGCGGCUGCGGCCUCCCUCGCCCGGCGCGCCGCCGUGGGGGCGCUCGCCGCGGCGUUCACCUUCGCGGCCCUGGCGGUCGCGUUAGUCGCGUCCCUGCUGCUCGGCUUCGUCCUUAUCCGGCACUGGGUCGAGGACCCGGUCACCGUGCGCCAGCCGCUCUACUUCGACUACACCGAGCCGCAGCCGAGCGCCGCCGUGGCCCUCGGCCCCCCGGCGGGACACUCCGUGAGGGUGUCCAUGUCGCUGCUGCUGCCAGACUCCGACCACAACCGUCAGAUUGGCGUGUUCCAGAUUAAAACAGAGGCGAUCGCUCCAAGUGGAAGCACCAUCGCUUCAGCCACCCAGCCAUACAUGCUGAGGUACAAGAGCGCUCCGGUGCGGCUAGCGCAGUCCACGCUGACAAUCGUGCCGCUCGCCUUGGGCAUGCGCAGCGAGAGCCAGUCGGCAACGCUGAAGCUGCUGCAGUACUGGGAAGGCCACGACCGUCACAGGAGGACACGGCUCAUCAGAGUCUCUCUGCAGCCAAGAGCCAUGACAGUGCACCUGCCCCAGGUGUACAGAGCAGAGAUCACCGUGCAGACGGCGCUUCCAUGGUUCAAGGCCGUGGCGCGCAGCUUGAAAUGGACAAUGUGUGUGUGGCUAUCUUUCUGGGUCUAUGUCAUUCUCUCCCUGCUCGCGGUUCGUUGGGUCUGGCCACUAGCGCUAUCUGCAUCGGACAGUCACAGGGGGUUAUCUGAUCAUCAAGUCAAUGGGAAGACAAUUGCUGCUAAUCUGGGUGGAGGAGAUACAGGCCAGAGCUCACAUGAGGGAUCAUCAAGAGGUGGUGCUGUGAAGUGGAGGGACAGGAGAGGCAGGAGGAAAGCACAACAAACGACGCAUGGCGGCAUGGAGCUCAAGCUCGCCGAGGGGUCGUCUUCUAGCUCUGCAGUGGCUGAGACUGAUGAAGUCGUCGACGACGAUCAUGGGGAGCCACUUGCUGCUCGAUUGCCCGUGUCCGAUUCUUGUUAGUUCAGUCAGUGCAGUGUGCUGUAAAGUUUAUGCUGACCGUUGAUCACAGUUUGGUACACGCCAUGUGUAGGAGAUCUGAAGGGCUUCCAUACGGAACGGCAUAUAAUAACGCAAAUAAAUGGCAAAGAUAUAUAUAUCAUGUAUUAAUCGAUAA